CGCACAUCUGUUGGGUACAAUCUUAGGAGCCAGACCACCGACUUGGUGUAGCAACUUUUGAGCAUAUCUGUGGCUAAUUUUUCAAGAAGUGAUUUGGAUUUGCUGGAAAACAGCGUACUGAUUUUCGUUGGCCCAACAUAUAGACAGUUGUGACUGAGGACGAACAACCUGGGGUCAUAGACUGUAGAUUGGGGCAGAGAGCGGGUACAGUGCGGCCAGGAUCUAUAAUGAAAGCCACCCCUUACUGAACAUGCCAACCUAGACCGCCAUGUUGCACCGCCACAAGGACACUUGAAGGACACGCGAGGAUUGGCUUGGUUGCUGGGAUGGCCGUCCGAGGGAGACGACACACUAACAGAUGAAUAUUAUGGGUACGUCGGAGAUUUACGUCAUCACCUGCAUGGUGAUGACGUUGCUGCUUCACGAGGCGCAUGCGCAGCAGGAGAACCUCAGCUCAGCGGUGACCAGACUAGACGCCCAGUUGAGGUCCAUGGAGCGCCGCCUGCGGACACAGGAUGUCGUGCGAGACAACCAGAACAAGAAGCUUCUGGAACAGAACAGGCGUCAGACGGAAAAGUUACGCCUUCUGAACGGGCAACUGGACAAGCUCCAGGCUAAGGUCGUUGACGUCACCUCCGCUCUGGAAACGAGCAGACUAGACGCUUCCGAUGCGCGCCAGAAAGCGCUGGAGCUGCAGACUAAAGCAGGGAGACAGGAGAGUACAAUCAUGGACCUGAACAUGAGGGUACAGGCGCUAGAGGGCGCUAAAAUAGCGUACGAGAGCACGCUGUCGAGCCUGCAACGCAAGGUGGACUCGCUAGAGGCCGUAGCCGUGAACAGGCCAACCUCUGGGGUAGAUCUCGGAAGGGACGAGGACGAGGAAUCAAUCGUCGAUGAGGAUUCGCUCUUCGACUAUGAUUCCAUCUUUGUCGCUCAAGAGCCAGACUCGAAAAAGAAAAAGCUGAGCAAUAAGGCCAUACAAAAGUUACUACGCAAUCACACGAUAGAAAUAACAAGGUUAAUGCGGCGACAUACGGCAGCUUCAAAGACUGUCAGUGGUCUUGAAGAUGAUGUCAAAAAGAAUGUCCUGGCCAUAUCAGACCUGAAGCUCAAGGACAAGGCGCUAGAGGGCACUCUUUCACGGACGACGUCUCAGAUCCUGGAGUUCUCUUCACAAAGAACUGUCUUUGGGGCGACCGUGUCGUCCAUAAGGAGCGAGGUGUCUAGUGUCAGGAAGAGAAUGGACGAGACAGCGAACAAAGUGUCGAACGCUACAGCGUGGAUCGCCACCAUGGACACCAAAACAAAACGCCUGGGCAACAGUCUGUCAAGCCUGAUGAGCGACUAUAGGAGGUACUUCGGAUCCCAAAGCUCGGGAGAGAAGACAAUAGGAGAGAUCGUCAGGGACUUGAAGGGUGAGGAUGAAAAACUGAUGGAAGGAAUCAAGUCAAAUGACGUUGGACUAUUGGAUCUGGAGAACCGUAUGGAGAACAUUGAAUCACGUAUUGGCAGAACGCCCUGGCCCAUUGAUACACCCUCCCAGAACGCAGUAUCAUCAGAAAAGUUCACAGAGCUGCGGCGAGAUUUGACGAGACUUGAGGCAGACCUGCAGAGGGCAGUGGGCGAGGUGCGGGGGGCUAUGACCAUGCUCAGUGCGCAUGUGCAGGAAACAUCGUACCUUCCACGCAAGAUCUCCAAUAUGGACCGUCUGCUGCAAGGACACGGGAUCUUCAUCAACUCUUUCCAGGCUCAGAUAGACGACCUGAAAUACGUCAUCAAGGAGCAGAAUCAGACGAUAUUUGAGGUGCAACUCGCGGUCAACGGACUUCAGGAGACCUUUGUGAGCUUGUUCCCAGAGUCUUCCGGUAAGAGUUCCCGCCAGCAGAAGCAGAUGGACAGAAUGGGAGACAAGCUGAAGGAGAUGGGGGUGAACAUGGAGCGGCUGACCGGUAGAGUGUCCGCCGUGCAGCAGAUUGCUGCCAGUGUUGAGCCAAUGAAGAACCAGAUAAAGAACAUCUCUUCCUUCAUGACGAACUUCACUGGAACAGCUCAGAAGUUGGAACUGGUCAGUGUCAGGGUCACGACAUUGGAGGAUCAAGGUCCGGAGUUCCAAGCAUUGAAGGACAAAGUUUUUGUCAUAGACAGAAUCGCCGGAGCAGUACCUUUGAUCCAGAGAAACGUCAGUACCCUCCAAGACGAGGUCGGUAUAGUUGAGACCUUCUCCCAGAAGAUGAAGAAUCUUGAGAGAUCCAUGGUCGUUAUCGGUGGUAAGGUCGCGGACUUCAGCAAUGUCAAGGUCGCGACGAUGAAGCUAGAAGAAAGAGCAGACAACUUUGACAUAGGUCUUCAAGAAAUAAACAAAGUCACGCGUUCCAUGGAGGAACUACAAGAGAGAAUGUUCAGGGUCAAAAGCAAGGUGUCAGAAAUCGAUUCGCUGAUGACCAUGGUUCUCAUAGGAGCGAACACAACAUCCAACACCAUUCCCGGACCAGAUGAAAGCACCGACGAGAAAGAUGCCGCCAUCUUGGAACUUGAAGGUCAAAUUCAGGUUCUUCAAUCAGCCUUGCAAAAACUAGCCUCACAGCUUGGGAACUAUACAACAGAAAGCAACAAGAAGAUGAACGAGCUAGAAAGGUCGAUCAUAUUUGGAGUAAACACUCCUAUUGCCGGUGCUGGUGGGGAACAUGAAUCGACUUCUUCUCCGGGAGCCAUCAUGGCAUUCAGCGGCCAGUUACGAGAGGCAUUGGAGAAGGUUGAAAUGUUAGUAAAGGCCAUGCAGAACCAGGCUACAUCCAUCUCGGACAACACUCUGAAGAUCCGCGAGCUGGGAGACCUUGUCCAGCAGUUCGGUACAGUUUCGCCAGGCGGCAAUGUCAUCACGGAGCUGCAAACCAAACUGAGCAUCUUAGAACAGAUGCUCCAGCCUGGGAACAUCCCCACUUUGGAUUCUGGUAGAAGCUUCGACUUUGAAGAGCUACAGGGGAUGAGGCAGCAGCUUGCAGGGGCUCUGGCGACAUCAAGUGAGUUAACCAACAGGAUUCAACAACUGGAGUCCCUUUACCAGUCAUCCAUAUCAUCAAAACCAACAGCAUCGGCGGAGCUUUCUGCCGAAGUUGAGGAAAGGUUUGUCAAAGUUGAGAACGACAGCCUCGCAGCUCGAAAACUCAUCCAGACCAUCAGGGAUUCUGUGGAAGCCUCUGUGCUGGAAAUGCAGGGGCAAGUUGCAAAGCUGGAAGCCUUUUCGGAUACCUACAGCUCCCUCGCCAACUCUCUGAAAACAGUCAAUGAGGGUGAGGCACAGGCUGACUCUCAGACCUUCAAGGUCAUCGCAACUGACCUUGCCGUGCUAAAGUCGAACGUGGCGACCCUACAGAACACCAUCCGGGUUUACGACCCACGGAUCCUGGUGGUAGGGCAGCUGGAAAUGGCCGUGGCGGAAAUAGACGAUCGUCUGAAGCAGCAUAUCUCCAGGCAGCAGAGUAUGUCAUCAUCCAACUUACAGGAACUAGCCCAGAUGCAAGUGCGUUCAGAAGAAAUACAGAAGACAGUGGACGGCCUUCGCGCUGCAGUAGCCAGUUUUGAGAGAAGACUACUGGAGGUGGCGUCCCAGCCAGCGACAGCGGCAAUCAGUUCACCAGGCGAUGCCUUCAUGGAGUACCACAAUGAAAUAUCAGAGUUGAUAAAUAACGCUAACCAGGUAAACCUGACGCUGUCCCGGCAUCAGGCCGUACUGAAGACCUUACAGACUCAGUACGCGUCCAACAAGGUGAUGAUCAACAACAUGAUGGGGAGUAUCCAACAGCCCAGUCAGCCCAGCCAACCUCAACAGCCCACCGUGGAGCUGGAGUCCAUCGCCAGUAGACAUGUGCAGAGUGGGGCCAUUCAGAGACUGGAAAGAAGGACGGGACGACUUGAGGGAAGAGUUAACGGCUUUAGCAUGGACAUUGCCAAAGUCAGGAAUACCAUUGACUUGGUGAAUUUGACGGUAUCCAAAAUGGAGAAUCAAGUCCGUGUCUUCUCACUCAUGAAUCAGUCACGUGACUACGAUACCACGGAGCUCAUGAACAUAACAUUGGAUAGCGUGGACGAGAACAAUGGCACCAUAUUACCCACAAUUCAGAAAAUCACCAGGAUCGGCGACCAGACCCGGCAACUGUCACAGCUGAGAAGUGACGUCACUGUGUUGAACAACGGCCUGGUCCGUCUGAACCGUGACCUGCUGAUGAUGCGCAGUGACCUGGCCAACAAGACCGGGGCUGUCGACCAGCUCACCAGGCUCAACAUCACCGGAGCCAUGCAACAGAUCGGGACAAAGCUGCUCAGUCUGGAGGCUGCAGUGAACGGUCAUUCAGGUGUCCUGGAAGCGUUGAUUGACGAAGCCAAGUCGAAAUUCGAGGAACAUGGCGGAGAUAUCGAGAAGCUGAAGACCAUGGACACCAACUUCGACUACAGGCUUAACAUACAGGUCCAGAAAAUCAUGUCCCUUGAGAAUGAUCGAGGCGCCAUCGAAAACGCCCUCAAGAAACACCAGGAGAUCAUCCAGCGAUUGGACGGCACCAUGACCAAUCAGAACACCGUUCUCUCCAGCCUAGAAGAAAAGAUGUCGUCGGGAGAGACUGCGAAGCUGACGGAAAAUUCCGUUGAGAACGAGUUGGGAGGACUCAGCUCAACUCUCAUUGGUCGGCUGGAGAAGGCAAUGACCAAUCACAGCCUUGCGAUUGUGGACAUUCAGAAAAGUCUAUCCCUCCAUGAUCAGAACGUGGUACGACUAGAUACAAUGAUCGGAGAGCUUGAAACCGAGGUGGGAGAAAGGUUCGCCGAAAUGUCGUCGCGUUUCGACGCGGUGUCCGCAGACGUGGAUGCACGUAUCGCUGCGGUGGCGACCACCAUGGGCGGCGGGGAGGGUGAAGAUGGCGGCAGCUUCCUGGAGAGGCCUGACGAGGAACUGUCCGACCUGAAGUACGCCAUCGACAAGCUGGACGGCAGGACGUUUGCUCUGGAGCUCACCAUGCGGAACCACAGCGGGGCUAUCAGUUUCCUCCGUGAGGACGUGGACCUUCUGGCCUACGGCAGCAGUGGGGAUGGGGCUUCUCCUGCCUCGGGCGUGGAUGUUCAGCUGAUCCAGCGUCUCCAGGAGACCACGAGAAGACAGUCCGCCAUGUUGGAAGGACACUCCGCCGCCAUCUCGGAGAUCUCAGUGAAGAUGGACGACAUCGCCAGGCUUCAGCAGCAUACCCUACACCCAGAUACUGCCAGUACCCAUGGUUCAUUGCGCUUUCUACUGAUCAACUAG